AUGGACGUAACUAUCCUCGGCGCUGGCGUUAUCGGCCUUCUAUCAGCUUUGGCUCUGACUGAUGCUGGCUAUAAAGUGACCAUCGUGGCUCGAGACUUGCCCGGUGACGAGUCUCAGGAUUGGGCAAGCCCUUGGGCUGGGGCAGCAAUCUUUCCUUAUUCGGAUUCUGAAGGUCAUUCACUCCAAGUGGAAAGCUUCAAGUAUUUCUGGGCGUUGGCACAUAGGGAUCCUACCAGUGGAGUUCAGGUCGUCAAAGCAACCGAGUUCUAUGACGACCGAGACGAUGACUCUACAGUUUGGUACAAGUCUCUCGUGCCGCAAUAUCGCCGCAUACCUACCGAAGACCUUCCAAAGGGAGUUAAGGUAGGCUUCACUUACAAGACUAUGACCGUAAAUCCCGUUGUAUUUCUUCCAUGGGUUCGAAAGCAGCUGGAAGCUCGAGGAGUUUGCUUCAUUCGGAAAGAAGUCAGCGAAAUCGAGGAAGUGAAGCGCAUCACCGGAAACGAGGUGAUCGUCCAUGCAACGGGACUUGGUGCUUACAACUUAGCCGACGACAAGGAUGUCGUUGCUCAUCGUGGACAAACGAUGUUCGUGAAAACAGACUUUGACGAGCUGAUGAUGCUCCAAGGCUCCCAGUACACCUAUAUCAUUCCGCGAAUGCAUUCGGGUGGAGUGAUCAUUGGUGGAAUCAGUCAAGAAGGAAAUCUUGAUCGCGAGGUAGAUCAGAAGUUGCGACCAGACAUCCUCGCGCGGGUUCAGAAUAUUUCCAAGAAUCGGCUCGAGUCUGUGGAUUUGGAGAGCCCGUCGACGAAAAACAUCGUCGCCUUUCGACCCGGAAGAAAAGGGGGUUACCGCCUCGAAUCUGAAGGCAAAGUUGUUCACGCAUAUGGAUUUGGUGGUAUGGGGUAUAUCUACGGUUACGGAGCAGCUUUGGAAGUCCGAGGUCUGGUUGAGGCUAUGAUGAAGCUGAAACCCCCGAGAAGUCGACUUUGA